AUGGAGUCUAACGGGCCUAUUUUCGACGAGGCCCAGUACCGCCGGGAUGUACUCAACCUCUCGUCACCAGAAGCCGAACAAGAGCGGGCGCAACAGCUGGCUGACGAAGCCCGACAACUGGGUGUGAAGAUGCCAGAAAUGGAAGCUACUGCGCCGCUGUCUGCCUCGAUCGCAUCGGGUUUACUCGAGCUUUCUUCGCCCCUUCUCUCGUCAGGCUCGUCGACCGAUCGCAUUUCCGUCUACGAUGGCUCCGUUACCCCGUCUCAUGAACCCGGUUCUCCGUCGACGUCUGCGCUUGAUCAGGUUGUUUCGUCACUGUCGGAGAUUACAAUUGCUUCUGACCAUAUCAACCCUGGCAGUACGCGCUCGCUGGCGUCGCUCUCUACCCGUCCCACCUCGUUUUGUUCGAGCGAGGGGAGGACGGGACUUGCGCUGCAUGGAUACAAUAAUGAUCCCUUUGAGGGCAAAUCGCAUCGUCAUUCCAUGCUGAGUAUCGCUUCGGCCGAUAAGAAGGAGAAGCGACGCAGCAGUUUGAAAUCUGCCAUUGGACGGAUUCAUUUUCGCAAGAAGCGCACUUCCCCGCCAAUCGUCAUGUCUCCUGACUCGCGCAUUACCCUCUCCAAGAGCGACAAAGGCGUGGAUCAUGUCUACCUCGAGCCUACGCCUGGAUCUAACAAUCCUGAUGAUGGGGAUAUUCCCCCGGCUAUUCCUCGUCCUCCCAAGAGGACCACCGAAGCCCCCCUUCCCAGGCUGAGAAUUCCUCUGUUCAACAAGGAAGCCUUGCAGCGAAGCUUGGAUGAUCCCGAGCUUAGUGAGUUGCACCAGCGACAUGAAAUGGAAAAGAAUCGUCACCUUGCUUUCCAGGAGACCGCCCUGAACAUUCUCCGGCGCCGACACCAGGAUGCUGUGUCUGAACAGCAGUCUGAGAACCAGCGUCGGGAGGACGAGAAACGUGAAAAGAACAUUGACGACACAAUCCGACUUGAAGAGCGACAACUUGCAGUCGAAAUCGAACAGCAACGCGAGUUCGAUCGUGCCAAGAUGAACUCGGCCACCCGCAUCAAGCAUAUGGAGGGCUAUUUCCGCAACGCCAGCCCACCGCCCUCUCCCUCCAUAACAGCGACAACAGCCGAACGGUCAUCCGGGUCGUUCUCAGACUCCGCUUCCCCUCCACCAACCCGCCAAUUCACUCGGCAGCACAUGGAGCAACUAGAACAGCAAUACCACGACCACGAGUCCAUGGACCAGCUCCACGAUGCUCGCAUCAAAGUCCUCCGUGACCGCCAAGAAGUCAAGCUACAAGAAACUGUGGCGCGCCUAGAAAAGGAACUAAAUGAGAUGUGCAAACAACACAAGCAGGAUAUCACCACUCUCCAGCAAGAGCAACAAGCCGAGGAAACAUCCCUCACCCAAGCCCUGGACUCGAAGAAGACUUCACUGCGUGACAGAUGGCAGUUAGAAGAAGCUAUCCUUCGCCGAACCCUCGAAGUGCGACAUGGCCAAUUAUACGGCCCCCUGCCACCUGUCUCAUUCACAAACACCACUCCCGACACCGAUACCCCCGUUACCAUUACCGUCCCCGAGUCCUCGCCUCUAGGAGCAUCGAGCACCUCGGACACAAUCCAUCCCGCUCGGGAUGGCGUGGCACCCUAA